AUGGCUCCGAAAUUUGAGCUCAGAAAUGGACAAAAAAUGCCGAAACUAGCGCUUGGAACGUAUCUCUCCCACGGACAAGAUCUGUUCAAUGUUGUCGAUAAAGCUCUUUCAGUCGGAUAUCGUAGUUUUGAUACCGCGAAAUACUAUGAAAACGAGAAAGAGUUGGGCGAUGCAUUGAAGGAGCUUCUGCCACGUUAUGAUCUGAAAAUUGAAGACGUCUUCAUAACUACAAAAAUCUUCCCGUAUUCUGGAGAAAACGCUCUCGAAUUGAUGACUAAAGACAUCAAUCAAUCAUUGGAAAAUCUCGGAAGACAAUACUUGGAUUUGGUUCUCAUUCAUUAUCCCCGUCCUCUUGACUCCGGAGAUAAGGAUUCUCGAAAUGCAAUGUAUCGCAAGGAAUCUUGGCUUGCGUUGGAGAAGUUGCAUGCCGACAGCAAAGUCCUCUCCAUUGGGGUUUCGAACUACGAGAUCUGUCACAUCGAAGAAAUGCGUGAUUAUCUCACCAUCGACCCGGCGGUCAAUCAAGUCGAGUAUCAUCCGCAUUUUCAACGCAAAGAGCUUCGUGAAUACUGUCAGAUCAACAAUAUUCUCUUUCAGGCGUUCUCUCCACUCGGUCGUGGAAACAAAACACUCCUGAACGACAGCACAAUGGUUCGAAUCGCAAACACUCAUCAGACAAGUGUGGCGGUUAUCAUCUUGGCUUGGAUCAUGCGGGGUAAAAACGGUGUUGUGGCUAAAACGACAAGUGGCGACAGAGCCGGUGAAAAUUUCAAGAGCGUCACCUUGAAGCUCACUGACGAUGAAUUCGCAAGAAUCAAUGAGUUGGAUCUUGCCACGCCGUACGUCGAGGACCGAGGAUGGGAAGUGCUCUGA